ACCACUGCACCACGAUGGGAACUCCUGUGUACAAGUUUUUGUGUGGAUUUAGGUUUAUGUUUUCACUUCUCUUGGGUUCAUAUCCAGGAGUGGAAUUGCUGAGUUAUAUGGUAGCCUCUGUUGAACAUUUUGAGGAGCUGCCAAAUGGUUUUCCAAAGCAGCUAAAUCAUUUCACAUUCCCAGCAGCGAGGUAUGAGGGAUGCAAUUUAGUAGAUGAGAUUUUAUGCUAUUGGUGAACAGAAUCACAGUGGUUGAAAAUUAUUGGAUUAUAAUGCUGCUUCCCCAAUAUGAUUCAAGAGUGUGUCAGGAGGCUUUUUCUGAUGAAAGAAACUAAAAUGCAGAUGAUUUCCUCACUUCUUGGGGGCUCUUUUUACUCCAUUUCCAUAGUUUUUGAUUGUUAUGUAUUCGUAUGGGAUAUUUAUAAUCUGAGCUAUUAAGGAUUACUGAAAUUUAGCGUUCAUAAACUAAAACUAGCCAAUUUCUAAAACUUAUUGAGGACUCUAGUUAUGUUCUAAGAAAUCUGUUAACUAUACAAAACUUUGGCAGGAUGGAACUGAAUUGAAAAAUUCCUACUAUGCACGCCCACACUGAUGGAUAUUAUUUUCAGUGCAUCAUUGGGUUGCCUCAAGUUUGAUUUGGCUCCAAUUUCUACUAUUCUUGAAUUAACUAAUUAUAGAGUUAUGCUAGAUUUAGUUUUGUUGACCAUUUUGCUCUUGUGUAACUGUUUCAUUGCGAUAACUUCUUCAUGAUAGAGUUAUUUUUCUGCUGGAAAAUAGGAGCAGGUGAGUAGGUUGGAUCUCUUGUCCCACUUAGGUGGGCUGUUAUUUAUAAUAGUUUGAGAAUUAAUGGAUAACAUAAUUGGAAGGAUUUUCCCACUCUAAUAUCCCACCCUAAUAAACUUUUUAGGUGGGAAUUAGUGUGUGUUAUAUUAAGUCUUAAUUAUUGAAUACAUGAAUCUCUGAAAGUCCACAGAUUGGCUUUGGAAAUCUGAAACCAUGUAUGCCAUGAUUUGUACAUUUGUGUUUUUUUUCCAGAGAGGGAAACUGGGUUUUCCAAAUUUCUUAGAAAAAAUGAAGAAGUCCAUGACCCCUCAAAAUUAAAGAAUUCAGAUUGGUGAAGAGAAUUUGUAGAUUUGUGAUUUGAAGCACUUGCGGGAAGUGAGAUCCUAUUCUGGCUAGGUGUUGUUAUGUAGUGAUAGAUACUUUCUGGACACACUCUUUUUUAGUGUGACUCAUCCCAUGUUAGAAUAUCUCCAUUUUAUUCUUUCCUGGUGAUUUUUUUGUCCCUGUCAGAACUUAGACUUUGUCUCUGAAGUCUUCAUUACAUAUCUAUUGUUUUAUAUUCACUUUCUUGAAUAAUUGAGAUGUUCUUUUUUUCCUUUUUUUUUUUUUUUUUUGCCAUACCUGCAGCAUGCAGAAGUACCUGGGCCAGGGAUCAAACCUGAGCCACAGCAGUAACCAGAGCCACAGCAGUGACAGCACUGGAUCCUUAACCCACUGAGCCACCAGGGAACUCAGGAUAUUCUAUUUAAGAGUGUUAUUUUUCCUACAGUGAUAGCAUGCUUUACUUGAAAUGUAUUGAUAUUUUUAAAAAUUUUUUGAUUGAUAGAAUAUGAAAACAGAUGCUUUUCUAUCCAUUGGCUACUAUUUUUUCUUUCCUCUACUCUCUUGUUCUGUUUGUGAUUUGGGUGAUGUUGGAAACUACCAGUCACUGAUGGAGGCUCUUCCCCUGCAGACCUUGCUGGAGUGUGGCCUUGGUUUGGAUUCCAGUCUCUUUAGGCCUCUGCAGUAGAGUGUGUGUGUGCAGGAAUGUACUUUUCCUCUGUAGUUUUUUAGCACUAGAUGUAGCACGGCUGGAUUUGAGAUGAAAUUGGUAAAUUCAGUUAAAUGUUUUUGGUAAAACAGCCUUGUUACUUAAUAUUGUUUAUAAUAGACUAAGAAGGUGACAAGGGUGAGGGCUGGGUAAUCUGGCAAGAGGGUUAAAAGAUGGUGUAGUAAAAUACAAGUAUAUUUAGUGCUUGUCCCUGGUUCCUGGCACAGAGUUCCUAAAACCUUUGAAAUUCCCUGAGCGAUAGGAAAUCUGCUUUCCAUCAUACCAGAGCCUAGGUUAAUGAGGUGACUGAGAGUAGUACCCCAAGAUAACCUCAGGAUAAGACUGGACAGGCAGAAAGACCUAGAGAUUAGAGGGUUAGGAUUUCAGCCCCACCCCCCGACCUCCAGGAAGAGGAGGUGGGUACCGGAGUUUGUACUCUUCUCUAUUUACACACACACACACACACACACAGAGUUUUACAUAGCUGUAGUCAUGGUGUAGAUUUUUGUCUACUCGUUAUAUGUAAGAUUUUUUUUUCCUGUGCUGUCUCAUAAUUUUUAAAAGUUUUAAUGGUUGUGAUAUUUUUAUCUAGUAAUAGACUGAUUUAUUAACCACACGUUUUCAGAUGUUUAGGUUAUUUCAAGUUUUUUGCCUUGAUAAAUAAAACUCUAUGAACAUUGUUAUUUAGCAAAAGUAUACUAGACAUUUACUUUGUCAAACUCCAUUAGGUGCUGGAUUCACAAAGAUAAGAUCCUUUAUCUCAAGAUAUUUUCUUCUGGAGUUCCCACUGUGGUACAUCUGGAUUGGCAGUGUUGCUGGAGUGCCGGGACGCACGUUCGAUCCCCAGCCUCACACAGAUCCCAUACUAUAGUACAUUGAAUUAUCUCGGCUCCUUGGGUUCCUCUUGGUUGUGACAGUUACUCAAACUUUGCUUGUUUUGGAUGACUGGGACAGUUUUAAAGGGUACUAGUUAGAUGGCUGAGAGCUAGCAAGGAAAAUCCAGGACCAUGAUGGCUCAGUUUCCCACUGCUAUGAAUGGAGGGCCAAACAUGUGGGCUAUUACAUCUGAAGAACGGACUAAGCAUGACAAGCAGUUUGAUAACCUCAAACCCUCAGGAGGUUACAUAACAGGUGAUCAAGCACGUACCUUUUUCUUACAGUCAGGCCUGCCAGCUCCUGUUUUAGCUGAAAUAUGGGCUUUAUCAGACCUGAACAAGGAUGGGAAGAUGGAUCAGCAAGAGUUCUCCAUAGCUAUGAAACUCAUCAAACUGAAGCUUCAAGGCCAACAAUUACCCGUGGUUCUUCCUCCUAUUAUGAAACAACCUCCUAUGUUCUCUCCAUUAAUUUCUGCUCGUUUUGGAAUGGGAAGCAUGCCCAACCUGUCCAUUCCUCAGUCAUUGCCUCCAGUUGCACCUAUAGCAACACCCUUGCCCUCUGCGACUUCAGGGACCACCCUUCCUCCUUUAAUGAUGCCUGCUCCCCUAGUGCCUUCCGUUAGCACUUCAUCAUUACCAAAUGGAACCGCCAGUCUCAUUCAGCCCUUAUCCAUUCCUUAUUCUUCUUCAACAUUGCCUCAUACGUCAUCUUACAGUCUGAUGAUGGGAGGAUUUGGUGGUGCUAGUAUACAGAAAGCCCAGUCUCUGAUUGAUUUAGGAUCUAGUAGCUCAACUUCCUCAACUGCUUCCCUCUCAGGGAACUCACCCAAGACUGGGACCUCAGAGUGGGCAGUUCCUCAGCCUUCAAGAUUAAAGUAUCGGCAAAAAUUCAAUAGUCUUGACAAAAGCAUGAGUGGAUACCUCUCAGGUUUUCAAGCUAGAAAUGCCCUUCUUCAGUCAAAUCUUUCUCAAACACAGCUAGCUACUAUUUGGACUCUGGCUGACAUUGAUGGUGAUGGACAGCUGAAAGCUGAGGAGUUUAUCCUUGCCAUGCACCUCACUGAUAUGGCCAAAGCAGGACAGCCAUUGCCACUGACUUUACCUCCUGAGCUCGUCCCUCCGUCUUUUAGAGGAGGAAAGCAAACUGAUUCUAUUAAUGGAACUCUGCCUUCAUAUCAGAAAAUCCAAGAAGAGGAACCUCAGAAAAAAUUACCAGUUACGUUUGAGGACAAGCGGAAAGCCAACUAUGAGCGAGGCAACAUGGAGCUGGAGAAGCGCCGCCAGGCCAUGAUGGAGCAGCAGCAGCGGGAGGCAGAGCGCAAAGCCCAGAAAGAAAAGGAAGAGUGGGAACGAAAACAGAGAGAGUUACAAGAACAAGAAUGGAAGAAACAACUUGAAUUAGAAAAACGCUUGGAGAAGCAGAGGGAAUUGGAGAGACAGCGUGAAGAAGAAAGGAGAAAAGAGAUAGAAAGACGAGAGGCAGCAAAACAGGAACUUGAAAGACAACGUCGUUUAGAAUGGGAGAGAAUUCGUAGACAGGAGCUUCUCAAUCGAAGGAAUAGAGAACAGGAAGAAAUUGUCAGGUUAAACUCUAAAAAGAAGAGCCUUCAUCUCGAGCUGGAAGCACUGAAUGGCAAACAUCAGCAGAUCUCAGGCAGACUUCAAGAUGUCCGACUCAGAAAGCAGACUCAAAAGACUGAGCUGGAAGUGCUGGAUAAGCAAUGUGACCUGGAAAUUAUGGAAAUCAAGCAACUUCAACAGGAACUUCAGGAAUAUCAAAAUAAGCUUAUCUAUUUGGUACCAGAGAAGCAAUUAUUAAAUGAAAGAAUUAAAAACAUGCAGCUCACUAACACACCUGAUUUAGGAAUCAGUUUACUUCAAAAAAAAUCAUUAGAAAAGGAAGAAUUAUGCCAAAGACUUAAAGAACAAUUAGAUGCUCUUGAAAAAGAAACUGCAUCUAAGCUGUCAGAAAUGGAUUCAUUUAACAAUCAACUGAAGUGUGGGAAUAUGGAUGACUCUGUUCUUCAGUGCCUUUUGUCUCUGCUAAGCUGUCUCAACAACCUCUUCCUCUUACUUAAGGAACUGAGAGAAAGCUACAAUACACAGCAGUUAGCCCUUGAACAACUUUAUAAGAUCAAGCGUGACAAACUGAAGGAAAUUGAAAGAAAAAGAUCAGAGCUAAUACAAAAAAAGAAAUUAGAAGAUGAGGCUACCAGGAAAGCAAAACAAGGAAAAGAAAACUUAUGGAAAGAAAAUCUUAGAAAGGAGGAAGAAGAAAAACAAAAGCGUCUCCAAGAAGAAAAAACACAAGAAAAAGUUAAAGAAGAGGAACGAAAAGCUGAGGAAAAACAAUGUGAGCCAGCUGGUGCUCUGGUGAAUUAUAAGGCAUUGUAUCGAUUUGAAGCAAGGAGCCAUGAUGAAAUGAGUUUUAACUCUGGGGAUAUAAUACAGGUUGAUGAAAAAACCACAGGAGAACCUGGUUGGCUUUAUGGUAGUUUUCAAGGAAAUUUUGGCUGGUUUCCAUGCAACUAUGUAGAAAAAAUGACAUCAAAUGAAAAAUCUGUGUCUCCCAAGAAGGCCUUACUUCCUCCUACAGUAUCUUUAUCUACUACCUCAACUUCUGAAUCACUUUCUUCAAAUCAACCAGCAUCAGUGACCGAUUAUCAAAAUGUAUCUUUGUCAAACCUAACUGUUAACACAUCAUGGCAGAAAAAAUCCGCUUUUACUCGCACUGUGUCCCCUGUAUCUGUAUCACCUAUUCAUGGACAGGGACAGAUUGUGGAAAACCUAAAAGCACAGGCCCUUUGUUCCUGGACUGCAAAGAAAGAUAACCACUUGAACUUCUCAAAACAUGAUAUUAUUACUGUCUUGGAGCAGCAAGAAAAUUGGUGGUUUGGGGAGGUGCAUGGAGGAAGAGGAUGGUUUCCAAAAUCUUAUGUCAAAAUCAUCCCUGGGAGUGAAGUCAAGCGGGAAGAACCAGAAGCUUUGUAUGCAGCUGUAAACAAGAAACCUACCUCUGCAGGCUGUACAGUGGGAGAAGAGUAUAUUGCACUUUAUCCAUAUUCAAGUGUAGAACCUGGAGAUUUGACUUUCGCUGAAGGUGAAGAAAUAUUGGUGACCCAGAAAGAUGGAGAAUGGUGGACAGGAAGUAUUGGAGAUAGAACUGGAAUUUUUCCAUCAAAUUAUGUCAAACCAAAAGAUCAAGAGAGUUUUGGGAGUGCAAGCAAAUCUGGAACAUCAAACAAGAAACCUGAGAUUGCUCAAGUAACUUCAGCAUAUGUGGCUUCUGGUUCUGAACAACUUAGCCUUGCACCAGGACAGUUAAUAUUAAUUCUAAAGAAAAAUACAAGUGGUUGGUGGCAAGGGGAAUUACAGGCCAGAGGGAAAAAGCGACAGAAAGGAUGGUUUCCUGCCAGCCACGUUAAACUUUUGGGUCCAAGUAGUGAAAGAACUACACCUGCCUUUCAUCCUGUGUGUCAGGUGAUUGCCAUGUAUGACUAUAUAGCAAAUAACGAGGAUGAGCUAAAUUUCUCCAAGGGACAACUUAUCAAUGUUUUGAACAAAGAUGAUCCUGACUGGUGGCAAGGAGAAAUCAAUGGGGUGACUGGUCUCUUUCCUUCAAACUACGUUAAGAUGACGACAGACACAGAUCCAAGUCAACAAUGGUGUGCGGAUCUCCAGACCCUGGACACCAUGCAGCCAGCGGAGCGGAAGCGGCAGGGCUACAUUCACGAGCUGAUCGAGACCGAGGAGCGGUACGUGGACGACCUUCAGCUCGUCGUGGAGGUUUUUCAGAAGCGAAUGGCAGAGCCAGGUUUUCUCACUGAAGGAGAAAUGGCCUUGAUCUUUGUUAACUGGAAGGAGCUCAUUAUGUCUAACACGAAGCUGCUGAAGGCCUUGCGGGUGCGGAAGAAGACCGGGGGUGAGAAGAUGCCCGUGCAAAUGAUCGGGGACAUCCUGGCAGCCGAGCUGUCCCACAUGCAGGCCUACAUACGGUUCUGCAGCUGUCAGCUGAAUGGCGCAGCGCUGUUACAGCAGAAGACAGAUGAACACGCGGACUUCAAGGAAUUCCUAAAGAAGCUGGCCUCGGACCCUCGAUGUAAAGGAAUGCCUCUUUCCAGCUUCCUGCUGAAGCCCAUGCAGAGGAUCACCCGCUACCCCCUCCUCAUCAGAAGCAUCCUGGAGAACACCCCGGAGAAUCACGUAGACCACUCCUCUCUGAAACUGGCCCUCGAGCGGGCGGAGGAGCUCUGCUCUCAGGUCAACGAAGGAGUUCGGGAGAAGGAAAACUCGGACCGACUGGAGUGGAUCCAGACGCACGUUCAGUGUGAAGGUCUCACUGAGCAACUGGUUUUCAACUCGCUCACCAACUGCCUGGGGCCCCGGAAGCUCCUGCACAGUGGGAAGCUGUACAAGACCAAGAGCAAUAAGGAGCUGCACGGAUUCCUCUUCAAUGACUUCCUGCUUCUUACCUACAUGGUCAAGCAGUUUGCUGUUUCCUCGGGUUCUGAGAAACUUUUCAGCUCUAAGUCCAAUGCUCAAUUCAGAAUGUAUAAGACGCCGAUUUUCCUGAAUGAAGCCUUGGUGAAACUGCCCACAGACCCUUCCAGCGAUGAGCCUGUCUUCCACAUUUCUCACAUUGACCGAGUCUACACCCUCCGAACAGACAACAUUAACGAGAGGACGGCCUGGGUGCAGAAGAUCAAGGCGGCGUCUGAGCAGUACAUCGACACGGAGAAGAAGAAGCGGGAGAAAGCGUAUCAAGCUCGCUCUCAAAAGACUUCAGGCAUCGGGCGUCUGAUGGUGCACAUCAUUGAAGCUACAGAACUAAAAGCCUGUAAACCAAAUGGAAAGAGCAAUCCGUACUGUGAAAUCAGCAUGGGCUCCCAGAGCUACACCACCAGGACCCUCCAGGACACACUAAAUCCCAAGUGGAAUUUUAACUGCCAGUUCUUUAUUAAGGAUCUUUAUCAGGAUGUGCUGUGUCUUACCAUGUUCGACAGAGACCAGUUUUCACCAGAUGAUUUCCUGGGUCGCACGGAAGUUCCAGUGGCAAAAAUUCGAACAGAACAGGAAAGCAAAGGCCCUACAACUCGCCGACUCCUGCUGCACGAGGUCCCCACUGGGGAGGUCUGGGUCCGAUUUGACCUACAGCUUUUUGAGCAGAAAACUCUCCUGUAGGGGCCUUGGGGAUCUGCCCACUAGGCUGGGCACUAGGCUGGCCUGGAGAGGACAGCUGGUGCUGCCCCUGAGCUGGAGGAGCGCCACACGGCUUCAUCCAUCACAAGGCCACGCGCACUGGGGCCUCUAUAUUACUGCACACUAAAUCGCUAGCAAUCUAUGCAAACAUGAUCUUUCCUAUAAAUAAACCAAACCCCAUAGCACAGUGCCUUGUAUUAGUGUUAACAUGGUCGGCUGUGUUUAGAUGCCUGGGUUUCCAUUUUCAGGGCUAUAAAAAGUAUUACGUGGAAAUGAGGCAUCAGACCAUCUGACGUUACCAGUUGGUUGAAUGUGUCCACUGUGGGUGGUUUGGGUGAUGCUGUAACCAUUCCACACCAUGUGACCUCUGCUGGGUCACAGCCACUCAGGAGGAGAAGGACUGGGAAGAAAUGCUGCAGGCUCAGCGUGGGAACAGCCUGAUACCACAGUAGUGUCUACUUGUGCACUGAAUAAAAAAACAGAAACUUGA